UCUUCAUGACAAAUGUCCAUUUCUAGGUAAUUCCACUGGCUUUUAGAAUUCCCCCACUUAACUUCAAAUAGUUAUGAAACUCUUCAUGCUAGCAACCCUUUUAAUCAUAGUCUUUUGGUUUGGAGCUACGACGUUGUACUCAAACUCUCUCACUCUCACUCUCACUCUCUUCCUCCUCUCAUUCUUCAACCUUUUCCUCAUCUCUCUGGGCCACUGGCUCGUUCCCGGAGGUUUUGCAUGGUCAUGUUAUAAUCAUGACCAAAACUCUCAAAAUGAGUCUAGCCUCCGAGGACCAGCUGGGUGGCCUAUACUAGGGUUCCUACCCCAUCAAAUGGGUUCUCUUGCCCAUCAAAAACUCUCCAGUAUGGCAACAUCCCUCAAGGCAACCAGGCUCAUGGCAUUCAGCUUAGGCACUACGCGUGUCGUCAUCAGCAGCCAUCCGGACACUGCUAGGCAAAUCCUCGGAGGCUCGUCGUUUUCCGACCGCCCAAUCAAGCACUCAGCUAAGUUGCUAAUGUUUGAACGCGCCAUAGGGUUUGCUCCUUCAGGAACAUAUUGGCGCCACCUGCGCAGCAUAGCAGCUGUGCAUAUGUUUUCACCAAGGAGAAUCGGAGGCCUAGAAACCCUAAGGCAACAGGUGGCUGAUGAAAUGGUGGUGAAAAUUUGGGAUGAGAUGAAGGAAAAUAGGGUUGUGGGAUUGAAAGCAAUAUUGCAGAAGGGUUCUUUGGAUAACAUAAUCCAGAGUGUAUUUGGCACUAAUUAUUUAGGUUUAGAGAAGGAGGUUAGCACGAAUCGAACGCUAAUGUUGCUAGUCAAAGAAGGGUACGACUUGAUUUAUAGGUUUAAUUUGGAGGAUUAUUUUCCCUUGAGGUUUUUGGACUUUUAUGGUGUGAAGAGGAAGUGUCACAAAUUGGCGGCUGAGGUGAAGUCUGUGGUGGGGCAAAUUGUGAGGGAAAGAAAAAGAGCAGGAGAUUUUGGUGGCGGCAGUGACUUUCUCAGUGCUUUGCUAGCUCUGCCGGAAGAAGAUAAACUAAGUGAUUCAGACACGGUGGCUGUUUUAUGGGAAAUGAUAUUUCGAGGGACAGACACGGUUGCAAUACUUCUUGAAUGGAUUAUGGCAAGGAUAGUCUUACACCAAGACAUCCAAGCCAAAGCACAACAAGAACUUGACACACACGUGGGGAACAAGAGGCACGUGCGAGACUCCGACCUUCCGAACCUGCCGUAUCUACAAGCCAUAGUCAAGGAAGUUCUCCGAAUGCACCCUCCGGGCCCACUGCUAUCAUGGGCCCGUCUGGCAAUCCAUGAUGUUCACGUGGACAAAGUUUUUAUCCCAGCUGGCACAACUGCGAUGGUGAACAUGUGGGCCAUAACCCACGACCCAUCCAUUUGGAAGGAUCCAAUGGUGUUUAGGCCUGAAAGGUUCAUUGAGGAGGACGUGUCAAUAAUGGGCUCGGAUCUCAGGCUUGCACCAUUUGGGUCGGGUCGAAGAGUAUGCCCGGGUAAAGCGUUGGGUUUAGCUACAGUGCACUUGUGGCUUGCUAGGUUUUUGCAUCAAUUCAGGUGGUUACCGGCGGAGCCUAUUGACCUUUCGGAGUGUUUGAAGCUCUCUCUCGAAAUGAAGAAACCACUCACAUGCCACGUUGUCCCACGCAAUCCAUUAUGAACUAAAGAAGCUAGCUAAGCUAGUGGUUAUGAAUAAUUAGUGAAAAUAUAUAUGCAUUGCACUGAUGAAAAAUUGUAGAAUGGUGUGAGUAGUGAUGGAAGUAGGUAAGGCGUGGUUUGCAUAGUGUAUCUGGGGCCAGUAAAAUGGGGUACUAGGAAAGAACUCUCAAAUCCAACAUAUGAAAAGUACGUAAGUAAAUCUUUGGCUCAUGAACACUGUAAAAUAAUGUUUUGACUAUUUAUAAAAGCUUGUGGAUUGAACUUUUGCAUAAA